CAACAUUUUCGUAUAGUCUGCCUCCUUUUUAAGCAAUUUGCUGGCCUAAGAUGAAGCGUACCAAGGACGAGGACAAAGACGAGUUCGCCAGUGCCACUAACAACUUGAAUUCAAGCACUGGCAGCAACAGCAACGAUGCUGCUGCAACGGUAGGCACCGUCUCAGCAUCGACUGCCGUUCGCACCACAGGACGCGUCAAGAAACCCAAGCAAGUUUACGAUCCAUCUGAUAAUUAUAUCUCGCGUGGGCCCCGCAACUCAACGCCAGCGAAUAGCAAUGUGCAAGCGUCGCCAUUGCCGGCAUCGGCCGUGGUACCACCAGUGCCAGUUACACCGCCUGCGGCGGUGGCUGUGCCCAAUCCCAAGACAGAACUAUCCGCCACUAGUGCUUUGCAAGAUUUGGAGUCCGGGCAGCCACUGCGUCAGUUUGAUAUAUGCGAAAAGUGCGGCAAAAUGGAAGUAAAGCGUGGUUCUGGCCACAAGAGCAAUUAUCUCGCAUGCAAGAGUUGCCAGCACAAAUGGCACUUUUCCUGCCUCACCAUCACAUUUGAUAUCCUGGCCGUUGCUCGCAAAAAGUACAAGUGCGCGUCAUGCCGCCACUGCCGCAUUUGCGGCAUCAAGGGCACAGAUCUGGCCAUCUGCUCUGUGUGCGUGUAUUCUUUCCACCGCAAUUGCCAUGAUCCGCCCUUGGACGGUUCCGAUCUCAGCGAGCGCCAAUGGAAAUGCCACGGCUGUGAGUUUGGCACGAACAAUAAUAACGACCAUUCGGCCAGUGAACAGUCUCGACGCAAAUCAUAUCCGGGACGCAAAAAGCGUGCCCAGUCGGAUCCCGCUGGUCAGGAGAAGUCGCCGCCAGUCAAGCAGGGCAAAACCGCUCAGGAAUCGAAGGAAAGGUUAAAAACAGAAGACAGAGUCGCCGCCACAGUUGCCACAGAACCAUUCACCAAGAAUGAUGACCCAAAGGAACAAGAAAAGGGGGAGCCGAAUAUAAAAAAGGAGAAAAUCGAAUACGAGGAAAAGCGCAUGUCUAUGGAGGAAAAUGAAGAGUCAAAGGAAGCUCUUACAGUAGAGGGGACCAAUAAAAAGCCCAAGGAAGAGGUGGUCCUAAAGCCGGACGAAGAUCUGCCGGAAAAGUUGGAUGAAAAAGGGCUAGAAAAGAAGCCCGAAGAAGGAGGCCAGCAAGAAAAACCAAAAGAAGAGUCACCGAUGCCGCUGGAGCGCAUGGACCAGCAGCCAUUGGAGGAGGCGGCGGUGCCCACUGCCAGCGAUGAAGAUGAAGUCGCUCCUGUCAGUAUUCAGGCGGCUCCAGAACCCUUAAAGGAUGCAGGGCCCAAGAUGGGAGACGACCAAAGUCCGGUGAGCACCUGGACUGUUGAGCAGGUUGUCAAAUAUCUGGCCCGUUUCUAUCCGGAUGAGGCUGAAGCAUUUAAACAUCAGGACGUGGAUGGCGCCUCGCUGUUGCUGCUCACGCGCGAGGAUGUGAUAAAUGGUUUUGGCUUUAAACUUGGACCGGCUCUGCGCGUCUUUCAGAUUAUCCUUGGCCUCCAGUCACACACCAACAAUGUGGCCCUGGGCUGGUCAUCUACCUAGAUUAGCUUCCCUAAGGAUUAUAUUUUAUAUUUAAAGUCUUAAGAAGUUUGUUUUUUUUUUUCGGACCGUAACUAUUACUAUUAUUAGAAUACUCUCUGUUCUGUGUGAGCCGAAGCGAACGCGAAAGCUCACCAAUUAUUAGUGAAAUGAACGCUUAUAUUAUUUUUAUUUUUUUUUUCAACUUAAACGAAAUCACUGGUGGUCGAAUGAUUACACAGCCCUUCUCUAGUCAGAAGUAGACAAUUUUCCUACUCGUUGCUGCAUGUACCCUAAAGAAGAUUUAAUUUACUUUAAAUUCAAUUCAAGAAAAGGUAUGUACUUCUCCAGGAAUUUGGAAAAUGUAUACGGCGAACCCUGAAGGAAAUGUAACUCAAAUUCCCCUCCCGGCAGUCUGAAACCUUAAUGGAAAAUGUAUUUAAAUAUAAUAAACCGAAUGAAAUGUACCUCUCCAGGAACUAUAAAAGUAUGUAUACAACGAAUGAAAUACAUUAAAAUAUAUGAUUUAAAAGCA